CCUCGCCUCUGGCAGCUGCGGGGCCGGGCUGGGCCCGCUCCCCCCGGGCGCCCCGUCGAGGCUUUCCCCCGUGUGGCGGGCAGAGCCGUUCCCCUCGGCGCAGCGCUGAGGAGAGCCGGCUGAGGCGGCCGGUGCGGGGAAGGAGCGUGGCUGCGGUGACUGUCUUGCCUCUGUUAAUUAGUUGUCGGGUUUUCUACACACCAGCUAUUUAAAAACAGCUUGGAUAUAUGCUCCCAUAGUUCCCUCCGUGUGUUUUCCCAGGCGUGUGGGGAAAAGGUGAAGGAGUCAAACUGAAGAAUAAUGAAUUAAAGUGACAGACGUCAUGACAACCAUAAGACAGAGAAGGGUUGGAAAAGGCACAGAAGUGCCUGAAGAUCAGCCUCCAGAGGAGAAGAAUGUGAAGCCUGAUGGGAAAAUUGUGUCUGAUCAUACAGGUGGAAAGCUGUGGAACAUACUCUCAAUAACUGUUGGUGGAAUUCUUGCCAUCUCUCUUGGACUUCUUACUUCUGUUUAUGUUGCUACACUGCAUGAAAAUGACCUGUGGUUUUCCAAUAUUAAGGAAGUCGAAAGAGAAAUUUCAUUCAGAACAGAAUGUGGACUUUAUUAUUCCUACUACAAACAGAUGAUUCAGGCUGCUUCCAUCCAGCAAGGUUUACAUGGUUUAGUAUAUGACAAUAAAACUGAAUCUGUGAGGACAAUUAACAUACUUGAAAGAAUGAAUGUUUACCAGGAGGUGUUUCUCAGCAUUCUGUAUAGGAUUCUUCCAAUUCAGCAAUACCUAGAGCCCGUUUAUUUUUAUAUCUACACUUUGUUUGGACUUCAGGCAGUUUAUGUCAUUGCUCUGUAUGUAACAAGCUGGCUUCUUAGUGGAACAUGGCUUUCAGGGUUGUUGGCAGCUUGCUGGUACAUUACAAACAGAGUAGAUACUACAAGAGUGGAAUUCACCAUUCCUUUAAGAGAGAACUGGGCACUACCAUUCUUUGCUGUCCAAAUAGCAGCCAUCACAUACCUGUUCAGAACUCAUCUACAGCCUGUUCAAGAAAGAUUGACGCUUAUGGCUGUAUUCAUAGCAACAUUUCUCUUUAGCCUGACUUGGCAAUUUAAUCAGUUUAUGAUGCUGAUACAAGCAUUAGCAUUAUUCAUACUGGACUGCUUUGACAUGCUUCCCACAGCAAAGGUUACAUGGCUCUAUAUCAUUCAGAUUUCUGGAUUACUGCUAGUCUGUGUCCUACAGUUCUUUAAUUCCAUGAUUCUUGGAUCAUUGCUUAUAAGUUUUAAUGCUUCUGUCUUGAUAGCAAGAACAAUCCAGAAAAACCUAAAAAAGGGCGGCUUGCUUAACAGGCUUGGGAAACUUAUCAUCCACGUACUAUUUGUCUUGUGCCUGACUCUCAUAAUAAAUAAAUUCAUCAAGAAAAUUCUUAACCUUGAGUCAGAUGAACAUAUAUUCAAAUUCCUGAAGGCAAAAUUUGGAUUUGGGGCAACAAGAGAUUUUGAUGCUAACCUGUAUCUUUGCGAAGAAGCUUUUGGUUUACUACCAUUAAAUACUUUUUCAAGACUCUCGGAUACGUUACUUUUUUACAUCUACAUAUUUGUUCUCUUCCUUAUGACAGUUGCAGCUAUAAUUGUUGCCUUUCGGAACCUCAGUGGUUCAAAUCGAGUCCAGUUCAUGGAAAAAAUGGAAGAAUGCACAAUAAUACUGAAGCCUGAUGCUGCUUACAACUUAAUUCACACAGUUCUUUUUGGAUGUCUGGCAUUAAGCACAAUGAGAAUGAAGUAUCUCUGGAUAUCUCACAUGUGUGUAUUUGCAUCUUUUGGCCUGUGCAGUACGGAAGUAUGGAAACUUAUCCUGAAGUGUAUUCAUCUCUACACAUCGCAAAGGACACAUGUGAUCAAGUAUUCUAUACCAAUAAUUACAUUACUAUUCAUUUCAUAUAAGUUCUGGCCAGGAAUAAUGGAUGAACUGUCAGAGCUGAGAGAAUUCUAUGACCCAGACACUGUGGAGCUGAUGAACUGGAUUAAGUCAAACACUCCAAACACAGCAGUGUUUGCUGGGAGCAUGCAGCUAUUAGCCGGAGUCAAACUGUGCACUGGACGGACCUUAACUAAUCAUCCCCAUUAUGAGGAUAAGAAUCUGAGAGAGAGAACAAAACAGGUUUAUCAGAUGUAUGCCAAGAGGUCUCCUGAGGAUGUGUACAGAAUACUGCGAUCCUUUGGCACAGACUAUGUGAUCCUAGAGGACAGCAUUUGUUACGAAAGAAGACACAGUAGAGGGUGUCGGUUACGUGACUUACUUGAUAUAGCUAAUGGCCAUAUCAUGGAUGGUUUGGGAGAGAACGAACCCGAUUUGAAACCUUCGUUGUAUCCUCGCUUCUGUGAGGAAAUUAAAAAAAACCUGCCUUCUUAUACCAUACACUUCACUAGAGUGUUUCAAAACAAAACAUUCCACGUUUACAAACUUGCUAAGCAUAAAUAACAUUGCCAACCGUGGCUUCAAGUUCACUAUUUUAAUGCUAGGACCCACAUUAGAAAAUGCAGAAGUUUACAAACAUGUUACAUUUGUAAGACAUUUUGCAUUGAUGGUUUCUUGUUUAAUUACUGUGAUUUUUUUUUAGACAGUUUAGUUUUGAUAACGUUCUUGAUGUUGCCAAAAUUUUCAUAGAUUCAUAAAUAAAUGCUAGCAGGGACCAUUUUGAUAAUAAAGUCUGACCUUCUGAAAACAGGAAAACAAUUAUAUCCUGAGUAUUAACUGAUGGGAAGACACACAAAAUGAGCAGCCUGCACAACCACUGCAGAAGAGCUAGCCUAUAAAGUUCUGCUCAGCAGUUUGGGUUUUUACUAUAAAAUGAUACAAAUUCAAUGGAAGCAGGCCAUGCUGCUCCUAUACUGAGUAUGCAUUAUCUCUGUGAAUCCUGAAAAGAGUCACAAAAAUUGUUUUGUCUUACAGCCUGAUCCUCUCAGACAGAUCCUUGUGCUCUUUCAGUGCCUCCUUUUUGAAUUCUUUGGGAACGUAUGUGGAUAUGAGUUUCCAAGCUCGUGAGUGUGAGUGCAGAAUCAGUGAGUGCAGAAUCAGGAAACGCGUUUAAAGAGUGAAACUUUAAUCAUUGUCCAGCACUUUUAGUGAUGCAGAAACGUACUUUUUAUAACAUUAAGCAUUUAAUGAUGGAGUGUUAUGUAUUUCUAAUGAGAAUAAAAGUUGGAGCAUGCUUGAUACAUGUUGCAUGUUUGUAGCCUCAUAAAGUGCUCAGAACAAACAAAAAAACAAUUUUCUCAGCUUGGAUUCUGACAACACUGUUUUCUGUAUUUGCUUUCUACACCUGCAGGGGACCCUUUUUCUCCCCGUGUGAAUUCCAGUAGGAUACCAAAAUUGAACACUGCCAACCCUUACAACAGAAAAAUUAAUCUCUAAAUUCGGCAGGAAACUUAGGUAUUUAAAAUGCAUUCAGGUAUUAGAGCUUUGCUUUACAUUAGUUUAGACACUAAGCUAUAUAUUUUAGCACAAAAUCAUUGUGUCCUUGUUCUUUAUCCUAAAAAAAAAAAAAAAAAAAAAAAGACUACAGUUGUUUUAAGUUGGCUUGGAAGUUCAAGCGAAGACGGGUCUCAACCCUGAGAAUUUUGUGAUUUGUUUGUACCCUCUGUCUUUUUACCGGCUAGAACUUCAUGAAUUGUAUUGACUUUCUAAAUGCUAUGUAAAUGACACGUGACUUUUGCUGGGUUUUAGCACUGCUUUGGUUUUAUAUUGAAAUUAAGAGAUUAAAUCUGAUUGAAAGUCUAACAGCACUCUCCAACUGUAAUUAGACAUCCACUGGGAUCAUUUCUUACGAAGAACAGAACUGUAAUAAUCAAGUGCCUCUAGGCCAAUGUUGAAUUAACAUUUGAACACCUAUAAGAGUGUCUGUGGCCUGUGCAAAUAACUCAGUUCUAAUAAUUACCACUGCAAUUAAUUUCUAAUGAUGGGAAGCUUAAAGCGCUACUGAUGGCAAACUCCACAUUUAAUUUAAUCAAGAUGUGUAAUGAGAUUAGCUUUCACAACUGAGCUGUGUUCCAAUUCCAAGUGAUUUAAGGGUUUUUCUUUUUCAGUUGUACUAAGGUAAAUUACUGAAAAGAUGGUGAUGGUUAUGUCACAUGCUCAAACAAUUUUAUAUUCAGUAAAUACUCAUUAAACAAUGUUCAACAUCUUUCUGCACUUUCACGCUAUCAGGAAAGGAAAGUGUGCUUUAAUCAGAGUGUAUUUAAAUCAAACGGUGACAGUAGCUAGGUUGUUAAACUGAGCAGCUGAAACUCCUGAGUAAUUUCUAGCCUGUGUCCCUUAAUGAGGUUGGAGACCACUGCAGUUUAACAUAAUACAGUAAUAAAACAUUUUAAUCAGUAUUAAAACGUUAAUUAGGCCUGUAAUGAUGCAUGCCUGUUCUUGCUGAAAGCAUGGGUCAGUGAAUUCCUCGAUGAGUGCCUUACAGCAAUUGAAAACAAGCACACGUGAGGUAAAGUAUGUCUAGGCUGUAUUGUCUUAUUUUAAGAUGUGGUUGUAUCUUUCUUUAAAGGUGCAGUAACUUUCCUCAGAUUGAAAUGAGAUCCCAGGCUCCAGCGGUACCCUUGCAUUUUCAGAAUUUACUUGUAGGUGGCAGCAGCUGAGACUUAAGAAGUCCGGACUGUAAUGGUAAUUAUUUUUAAAUAGACUUUUUUCAAAAAUACAAUCUCUGAUGGAUAUUGCCAAGGAGAAAUUUAACCUUUUUGUAGAAACUGUUAAGUGCACAUUUUUUUGUUUUGUUUUUAAACAAAAUGGACUCCCAGCUACCCUGGGUCUUAGGGAAGGUGAAAGCCAGUGGUGGUCAUGAUCCAGAGCCACCACUGUAACAGAGUUUCUCCUUCCAACAUAAACACCCCUCAGAGUAGCACACCAGAAAUUUCAAGUAUCAGAUACAGAGUGGUUUUGAGGUGGUUUUAACUGUUGCAGUUCAGUCUUUAAAGCCUAGGUAGCUUGUGGCACUUCUAAACCGUUCCAACAGUUCCUGCAUCAGAAAGGUUUCAUACUUGAGCGAAGGGCGUAUUUCAGUGACUGCAUAGUGCAGCAUUCAGAAGACCAGUCUCUGUAAAACAGUGAAAUAGAAAACGCCAAGGAACAAAACCACUUACCAGCUCAAAGGAGGGCAACACAACCCCGGGAGAGAGGGAGCAGCUGCCUCCCUGUCCCUGAUUUAAAGGCUUGCCCGCCGGGGCGAGGAUGCUGGGGAGGGCUGGAGCAGCUGGAGGUGCUGCCUGAGGUAGGGGGCUGUGGGGCUGGUGGUGGCAAGGGCUGCGGUUCUCUUCCUGGAGGUGGGUGUCAGAGCCUGAGGUUUCUCAGAGGUAGGUGGCAGUUUACUUGCCUAAUACCCAUUUUCUCAACUUCCCACGUCUCGUUGUGGUCUGUAUUCACUGCAUUUAAAAUGUGCAAUUUUUUUGAAAUGACCUACGUCACCCUGAUGCACCUUAUUCCCAAGGGGUUGCUGUGGCAGCGCCGGCCCGUUGGCCCUGUACUAACUGUGACCUGCCCCCAGAACAACCCUCCUGGCAAUGCCUGUACCGAAGUCUUACAAGUGCCAAUGGGAACGGCACCGUUGUGGCUUCUUGUGCGCGUUACCUGUUGUCCGCAAGGACUUCUGAGCUGCACGUUGUUAGUGGAACUGUGGUAUGAAUUGGGGUUUCUUAGAUGACGGAGACAAAACGUUAUCAAGUAGCCAGAGUGUUUUUAGGGGAGAAAAGCCUUUGAGAUCCAUAAGUAUAUUUUCAUUUCUUGUUUCAGUGUUCUGCCAGUGAAAUCUAACAGUUAUUUUAUAAGACGUUGUAAAGAGAUGUAAUGACUUAUUGUAUACUAAAUAAAAUGUGGAAUUUGAAGAUCA